CUAGUCACACCUAACACUUUUGCCUUUGGCCAUGGCCUUGCACUUUGUGUUGGUUCCACUCUUUGCACAAGGCCACAUGAUUCCCAUGAUUGACAUAGCAAAGAUCUUGGCAAAGCAAAAAGGUGUGAUUGUAACCUUAGUUACCACACCAAUGAAUGCCUCAAGAUUUGAGGACACAAUUUUUAGAGCAAGAUUUGAACAAGGCCUCCAAAUCUAUCCCUUGAUAAUCCCAUUCCCAUGCCAACAAGUUGGUCUACCAAUUGCCUGUGAGAAUCUAGAUACCUUGCCAUCAAGAAACCUUCUUAGGAGAUUCUACAAUGCACUUGACAUGCUUCAAGAACCUUUGGAACACUACCUUAAAACUCAUGAUCAUGCACCAAGUUGCAUUAUCUCCGAUAAGUGCCUAUCUUGGACUUCCAUCACCGCCACAAGGUUCAAGAUUCCAAGGCUUGUGUUCCAUGGCAUGUCAUGCUUCUCAUUGCUAAGCUCCUACAAUAUCAAGCUCCACAACUCACAUGCUUUAGUCUCUAGUGACUUGGAGCGAUUUGUGAUACCGGGGCUUCCUCAUAUUCAUCAGAAGAUUGAGAUAUCAAGAGCACAGCUUCCAGGAGCUUUUGUUGCGCUUCCGGAUUUGGAUGAUUAUAGGGACAAAAUGCGCGAGGCGGAGAUGUCUUCCGAUGGUAUUGUGAUGAAUAGUUUUGAGGAAUUGGAAAAGGGUUGUAUUGAGGAGUACCAAAGAGUGAUGAACAAGAGGGUUUGGUGCAUGGGACCAGUUUCCUUGAUCAACAAGGCAAGUUUGGACAUGUUUGAGAGAGGGAACAAACCUUCCAUUGAAGAAAGCCAAUGCUUGGAAUGGCUAACAUUGAUGGAGCCAAGGUCAGUCAUCUAUGUAUGCCUUGGUAGCUUGUGUAGGCUUGUAACAUCACAAUUGAUAGAAAUAGGGUUAGGUUUAGAAGCAUCAAAUAGGCCAUUCAUUUGGGUGGUAAAAAAUGCUGAUGAAAGUUCAUCAUUAGAGCUAGAAAAAUGGUUAGAGGAUGAGGGUUUUGAAAGAAGGGUCAAAGGGAGAGGACUUUUGAUUAAGGGUUGGGCACCACAAAUUAUGAUACUAUCACACCCUUCAAUUGGAGGCUUCUUAACUCAUUGUGGUUGGAAUUCAACAAUUGAAGGUGUUUCGUUUGGGAUACCAUUGAUAACUUGGCCGUUAUUUGCUGAACAAUUCUUGAAUGAGAAGUUUGUUGUGGAAAUUUUGAAGGUUGGAGUUAGAAUAGGAGUUGAGGUUCCUGUAAGGUUUGGUGAUGAAAAGAAAUGUGGGAUUUUGGUGAAGAAAAAUAGGGUUAUGGAAGCUAUAGAGAUGUGUAUGGAGGGUGGUGAAGAAGGGAGAAAGAGAAGAGAUAGGGCAAUACAACUUGGAAAGAUUGCAAGAAAGUCUUUAGAAGAAGGUGGUUCAUCUGGCUUGAGCAUUUCAUGCUUAAUUCAAGAUAUUAAGGACCAUCAAUCAUCAAAAGGGGAGGCAUAAGUUAAAAACUUCAAGUUUGUAUAUAUUUGAGUCUACCGGUGAUGAUGAUGUAGAGAGGGGUACUAAAAACAGAAUUGUAAGCAUCAACGACACAUCGUUUGGCACCUUAGAAAAACAGCACCGUAGUUGACGGCAGCAGCAAGCGCAUGCAAAAAAAAAAAAAAAAAAAAGAA